AUGUUAGUAGUUACAGGUCACCAUGUCACUGUGUUACAGUUGUUUGAAAAGUUUCCAAUGCCAGUAUUCCUUCAUCUGAAAAGGAUGCAUGACAUUGGAAGAUGGUCUGUUCUUGCCUCUGCUACUGGAGAAGUUCACCCCAUUGUUCCUAAAACCAUGUGUGGCCUAGAGCAGUACAGAUUACGCGCUGAACCACAUUUAGCUUUAUAUGUCAAUCAUUUAAAAACGUGUGAUAGUUUCCCUAUGCCAAAAUGGGAUGCAGACAUGGCUGAAUGCAGACAUGCCCUCAGGCCCAUUUGGCUGGCUAGCUACAUGUCAGUGAUAACAUUAACCUAG